AACGUCGCUAUCGUAAAUAAUCACGUGGAAACAUCAUGGAUGUGUUUGACAGUGCUGCAGAUUAUUGUAUUACUACGUGUUGUCUUUAGCUAGAUUUAGAGCACGUGUUGAUGUUUAUUUUUAAGAGGUAAAACAAGAAAUGUUGUCCUGAAAAAUAAGCGGCAGCUGACAGCUCAGGCCGAGUGUUGGAGCACCGCUGCUCUGUGUGAAAGCGUGUUUGUGUGUGGUGUGUGUGUGUGUACCUACUCGCAAUCUGCAUCAUGUUUGUAUUGGUGGAGAUGGUCGACACGGUCAGGAUCCCUCCGUGGAACUUCCAGAGACAACUCAACGACGCCAUAGCAGAGGAGCUUAACAAGAAGCUGGCCAACAAGGUGGUCUACAAUGUUGGCCUCUGCAUCUGCUUGUAUGACAUCACUAAACUGGAGGAUUCCUAUAUUUUCCCAGGAGACGGAGCCUCACACACUAAAGUUCAUUUCAGGUAUGUUGUUUUCCAUCCUUUCCUCGAUGAGAUCCUGGUCGGCAAGAUCAAGUACUGCAGUCAGGAGGGAGUUCACGUGACGAUGGGCUUCUUUGAUGACAUUCUCAUUCCACCAGAGUCACUUCAACAACCCGCAAAAUUUGAUGAAGCAGAGCAAGUUUGGCUUUGGGAGUACGAGACGGACGAGGGGGCUCAUGACCUCUACAUGGACCAAGGAGAGGAGAUCCGUUUUCGGGUGACAGAUGAAGUCUUUGUGGAUACGUCACCGACCGGCCCUGCCGCUGCAGCACCAAGCACACCAGCACAACCGGGACAGUCGACAGCGCCGCCAGCAGAGGUCAGCGGCGAGAAGAAAGAAGCACCGUACACUCUGAUCGGGACCAUCUGUGACCCGGGGCUGGGGCUGCUGUCAUGGUGGAACAGUUAGCACUGCAGAGGAAGAAGAUGAUAUUUAGUUAUUACGAACACAUUGACUCUGAUCUGAUCAUGACUGAUCAGAAAUGAAGGAUGGUCAGCUGGAGACGCUGAGCCCUGUUGUUUCAGUACAAGACAGUCAAGAGACAAAGUCAAGCCGCUGUCUGAAGAUCAUGUUGGUGUCGAAGUGACUGAUUUCACCUCUGUCACACUGAGACGGACUUUAUUGUAAAUACUGACCUUAACAUACCAGCUUCAUGUUUACAUGGAAAAUUUACCAGUGAUUGAUGAACAUUAAUGUUCAGUUGGUACAUUUAAUAUGAGAAUUUGACCCUGAAAUAAAAAGAAAACAAGAAUAAAUUAAGUCAUUAAUCAUUUGAGUCAUAUAAUCUGUUGAAUCAUAAUAGCAUCACUACUUUAGCACACACAUGUCAUAAAACCGUGAUAGUUCAACAAAGUAGGUUCUGUUUAAAACUGGGUUGAAAACAGCAUCAUUUGUCAGGGACAGACGGUGGUUUGUGGUGCUUAAUGAUGUAAAAACUUAUUUGGACAUUCUGAGUUUUAGUGGGUUAGAAAAGAGGCUGAGUGACAUUUUUGUUGAUAUAAAUUGAUGUGUGGGUCUGAUGCAUUUGUGUCAACAAGAUCCAAACAAACAAAAAAAAAAACAUUUUGGGAAUCAUAUUUGAGAGAUUGACUUUUUAUUUUUAGUAAUGUGUCAAUGCCACACAUCUUCAGUUUAUUUAACAGCUUUUUGUAUUUGUUUUGUCUCAGUAAAAGGGCGUAUCAUCA